AAUUCACUACAGGGUUCAGUCCUGGUACGUGAAAUACUGGGCAGUGUUUGAUUUCUAUGAUCUCCAACUUCAACGCCUGUGCAUAUACUUGCGAGUCAAAUCCAAGCGCUCAGUGCCCGAAAGCAUGAGGCUAUCUGUCUUUGCCAGUAGUCACUGCGGUUGGCCGUCAGAACAGUCGGACCCUUGAAUGUCGGAUUGUCUCUGCGAUCCGCCGUCUACGCAAAGAUGGAUGAGAGCGAGUCUCAAUAUUCCGAAGGCAUUGCCCGAAAUGAGGAUACAGAGAAGGACUCGCCCACCGGCCAAGUACGCCGCUCGGUGAACCUGUAUGACGCGGUGGCAGGCAGAGCUGGGCAGAACGGAUUCUUGACGGAGGAACAAUUACAUUCAUCGACUUUUCUGCCUGCUGCUCCCGAGGACUACUUACUACGGCAAACAAGAAUACCUGAAGAGCUCCUUGAUGAUAUGCACGAUCCAGGCGGCACAUAUUCACAGGGAAACAAACUGCCGGAGUCGGAGUUGCUCAAAGCAAUUCAUACUUACGCAUCCGACUUUUACACUUCUGCAACGGCAAACAAGGGAACUAACGACUUCCGUUCCUUGGAUGAAACAGCACUUGUGGCUCUGGGAAUCUUGGUAGAGGAGGCGGUCAAAGAGGCACUAGGAGAAAAUGGAGACAUGGUCUUUGUUGAGCCUGAAGGACUCGAAGAUGGGGUCGAAGAGACGAAGAUGACUCGCCAUCAGAUCAAAGGAAAGGUGAAGCUUGCGGCUAGACCGACUGAUACGUCAGACGAGGACGAUGUUGAAGAAGAAGACAUGUCACCGGCCAAACGGCAAAGGCGCUGAGGCAUGGAGAGAACAUACUAGACAUUAUUGACGUGGCACAAUGUAUCUACAGGGAUCAGGGUAACUUACGGUUGCGAACUCUCCAACAGUCUGGUCCCCAGAAAAGCUUGACAACUGGAAGCUUUAAGUGCCCGUCAUACGUGCAUAUGUCAUCGAAGAUGAGUGGUGCGGUCAAUGCAUGCACUUGCAUGCUACCAGAAGUCGUCGGAGAAGAGACAUGGAACGUCGGAACCGCACUAUGGCGUACCCGUAAAUAUUAGGACCGUGAGUGUGGGCAGCCAGAAGGUAUCUUUGCCUCGUCGACAUGCGCUUCGUACAGUGGCCUCUUUAAUGCGCCCUGAGGCACUAAUUGAUGGCGCGCCGGGAACAAUAAGAUCGCUUAGGGGGC